AUGCCCUGGUUUGGACUGGGUGGUUGGCGAAACUAUCGCCCCCUGAUUUCGCUCAUUCUAUUUCGAUACUUGCGUCGGAUUUACAGGCUGGUUCAGGGAAAUGGACCAAAAUUUAUUCAACCACUCCUGCCGGACGAAUUUUGUACAUGAUGUUGACAAACGCAGUAUCAUAGUGACCCCCACGAGCAAAGGAACAAAUCGUCAUGGCCGGAAUUUCGAUUUAAGGCUUCGCUGGGAAGAUAUGGGCUAUUACGUGCCUCAGCCAAUGAGGAGCCUCCAAAUAUUUCGAUAUGCAGGAUUUUCCCAAAACGGGGACAAAAACAUAAUUACGCCGCAUUUGAAUUUGAAAAUCUCAGCCGUUGUCGCAGCUCCUGCUGCACCGGUGCUGCUGUACAACCAGCUGAGUACCUCUGCACACGCGUCUCGUACGCAAGGAGACCCUCCACAAUGGAGCCACUACAAAGUGUGGAUCCCUACGUUGACACCCACAAACGCAAAAUAUCGCAAGUUUGCGCAGUGCAGUGCAGCAGCACGAAGCGUUGGAGGCUCAGAUGCACGUUAGCACCCACGGCCACAUGCCACGGGCAUCCGCAAGAACAUCGCCUUCAAGUAUGAGACGAAGGCGGAAGCGCUCGGAGACGCGGACAACUGGACAAGUGAGCUGGAGAAGCCCAUGCGAAGGCGGAGCUUGUCGCUCAAGCACGGCACGACGCCGAACUGCGAAGUCGCCAAGAAGUUUGCCAUCCAAAAACAAGCGGAACACGCCAGAGCUUUGAGGGGAUUGCAGCAGGAGGCCAGAAUCCUGAUGCGCCUACGCUGCAGCAGGUUGCGUAACGCCGGACUCGGGCGCCGGGCGUUUGCGUACGGCAAGCGCGAUCGCAAGUCAGAACAGCGGAGGAGAUACAUCGAGCAGCGGGUUGCAGAGUGCGACCAGGAGGCUGCUGCAAUGGACGCACAGGCCGUAGCGCUAUGUUCUCCACGCUAACGAAGGGGCAACACGUCACGCUGCUGGAGCCUCACGAGCAGCCACCCCCGGUGACUGAUGCACCCACGAGCGACAUCAGCGUGGCCGACCCUCCGGAGGUUCUCGCCGCACACGCAGCGGCCGCGGUGUGACCCUCAGCAAACCGGUCCAUGCAUGUUGGCAUGUUUGCGUUCUCGGUGCAUGAAUCAACAGUGUUUUAUCACCCAGUUAAGCUGGCACAAGGCCCGCGCUGCGAUGAUAAAAAAUCUCUCUUCGGGGCAGCACGGUUGGUGUUUCCGUCUAGUAAGUAGGUAGAUUCUUGCAGACCCCAACAUGCCGGUAACAUGGCUGUUGGUGAUCCUUUCUCUAACCAACGACACCGUUACAGUGCAAUGAAGCUUCGCAUGGAGUUUCGUCGACAUCUUCCAUAAACUGGCCUAAUACGCUCGAAAAAUGGUCGAU